AUGGCCGGCGCUGGGGCCGCUGCCGCCGCUUCGGCGGAGUCCUCGGCAUCUUCGGGCAAUCCGCCGCCGCAGGAGCCGGGACUCGGGGAGCUGCUGGAGGAGUUCUCUCGGACUCAAUACCGGGCCAAAGACGGCAGCGGUACGGGCGGCUCUAAGGUUGAGCGCAUCGAGAAGAGAUGUCUGGAGCUGUUUGGCCGAGACUACUGUUUCAGCGUGAUUCCAAAUGUGAAUGGCGAUAUCUGCGGCCACUACCCCCGGCACAUCGUGUUCCUGGAGUAUGAGAGUUCUGAGAAGGAGAAAGACACGUUUGAAAGCACCGUGCAAGUGAGCAAGUUGCAAGACCUCAUCAACCGCAGCAAGAUGGCCAGGUGCAGAGGACGGUUUGUCUGCCCAGUAAUCCUGUUCAAGGGCAAG